AUGGACCAUCAGUUAACCCAAAACCUGGAGGAAUACUCCGCUUCCUCGACUACCAUAAAAUUCGACCGCCCCAUUCCGUUACUACGGGCCCCAUCCAGGCCGGGACUUCCGAUGACCCUCACCGGUCCAUAUAUCCUCGCCUUCAAAGAUCUUCCUUCCUGGGCCGCCGCAUACAAAUCCUGUGAAUCCAAAAUCAUAGCUCAAUGCGAGGAAGGUGCCAGAAUCGGGUGUGCCAUCACUGCUUCCAACAAGUGCAAACCACCCUGGUGGCAGUCCCUCACUGGCUGGAAAUCGAUGGACCUAAAGGAAAGGGAGCGCUGCGAAGACCGUGAAAUGGAAGACUGUUUGGUUUCCGCCAAGGAAAAGUGCAUGGGCUUCGCCAAGGAGCAUGCCACGACGCCAUUUUUGGAUGCCAGAAUCGCAUUGGGUGAGGGGAGAUAA